ACAAAAUGGAGAGGGUCCAAAGUACAAAUCUACACGCUUACAUCCUUAUUGCAAUAGCCCUCUUCUUGUCUUUAUCAAGACCAUCUCAUGCAACAAAACAAUUCAAUGUGUUGAGCUUCGGAGCUAAACCUAACGGUAUUGUUGACUCAGCUCCAGCUUUUGUCAAGGCAUGGGAUGCAGCGUGCGGAUCCACUGAUGCAGCCGUUAUAUACGUGCCAAAAGGACGGUAUCUGGUUAGCCCUGUUCGUUUCAAUGGUGUGGGUUGCAAGAGUCUUAAUAUUGUCUUCAGGAUCGAUGGUACUCUUGUUGGUUCGGAGGAUUACAUGUUUCUUGGGAAAGAAGCAAACUGGCUCAGCUUUGAACGAGUCAGUGGAGUUUCCGUUAUCGGUGGUUCUCUCGACCCCAAGGGACCCUCGUUGUGGUCUUGUAAAGCUUCAUCUAGCAACAACUGCCCAGCUGGUGCUACGACAAUGAGUUUUGUGGAGUCGAGUAGAAUCAAGGUGAAGGGAUUACUAUCACUGAACAGCCAAAUGUUCCACAUUGUCAUCAACCGAUGCCGUGAUGUUAAGCUCGAUGAUAUUCAAAUCGUGGCUGAUGGAAAAAGUCCUAACACAGAUGGCAUCCAUGUUCAGCUAUCGACCGAUGUUGAGAUCCGUAACGCUUCCAUCAAAACCGGUGACGACUGUAUCUCUAUUGGCCCUGGAACAAAGAACUUGUGGGUCGAACGAGUCACAUGUGGCCCUGGUCAUGGAAUCAGCAUUGGAAGCUUGGGAAAGGAUAGAGAAGAAGAAGGAGUUCAAAAUGUGACGGUGAAGAAGACAGUGUUUGUAGGAACAGACAAUGGAUUAAGAAUCAAGUCAUGGGCUAAUCCAACAUCUGGUUUUGUUCAGAGGGUUCGGUUCUUAGACUCUCUCAUGUUCAAUGUCAAGUUUCCCAUAAUUAUUGACCAACAUUACUGCCCUCAUAACAUCAACUGUCCUUCUCAGGAAUCGGGAGUGAGGAUAAACGAUGUAAUUUAUCAAGGCAUAAGAGGAACAUCGGCUACGAAAAUUGCUGUAAAUUUGGACUGUAGUUCUAAAACUCCAUGCACACGUAUAAGAAUGAAGGACAUUAAUUUGAGAUAUGCUAAUGAAACUGCACAAUCUUCAUGUGUCAAUGUCCUUGGUGAUAGUACUCUUGGUAAUUUGGUCAAACCCCAAGCCUGCUUCUGA